GGUUCGAAUACCCUGUCGGUGUUCAAGAUCAACCCCACCAACCCAUCGCAGAUCACGCAGAUCGGCACGCCCGUGUCCAGCGAGGGCGAGUUCCCAGUUUCCCUGGCCAUCAACAAGGACGGGAACCAGGUGUGCGCGCUGAACGGCGGGGCGGUCAACACUGUGAACUGUUAUAAGGUCGACCAGAAGCUCGGUCUCGUGGCCAUGAGCAACACCCUCCGUUCGCUUGGCCUCAACCAGACGACCCCCGCCACUGGCCCUGCGGGUACCGUCAGCCAUAUCGUGUUCUCGGAGGAUGGCAAGAGCCUGGUCGCCUCGGUCAAGGGAGUACCUCCAACGCCUGGUUUCCUCGCGGUCUUCGACGUCAACACCGACGGCACGCUUUCCGCAAAGGCAACCCAGAUCGCUCCUCAGAAGGGCGGCCUCCUUCCGUUCUCCAUGACCGUCAUCCCCGGAAAGAACGCCAUCCUGGCCACGGACGCCGGUGUCGGCUUUGACAUCUUCGACAUGUCCAACAUCAAGGCCGCGUCGUCGAACGGUACCAAGUCGAGCGUCGUCCCCAUCGCCGGACAGGGCGCGACGUGCUGGUCCAGCUUCAGCAAGAAGACCGGUAACUUCUACCUCACCGACAUCAUCACCGCCCAGGUGACGGAGGUCAACGUCGACAACAACCUCAAGGGCACCAUCGUCAAGCAAUACCCCCAGGGCAACGGCACAGCGACCAUCGACAACGACAUCGCGACCGUGGGCAGCAACGACUUCAUGUACGUGCUGCAGCCCAACUCGACGUCCGUCGCCGUCCUCUCCUUGAACGCGCCCGGCCAAGCCAAGAACAUCCAGAAGCUCGACAUCGCAGGGCCCGCCUCCAAGGUCGGCCUGAGCAUCAGUGAGUGCCCGGCGCUCGACCCCGCCGCGCCACCGUCCCUGACCUCCGCUGUCUGUUUUCUUCUUCUCAGGCAAGGAUAA